AUGCAGUUUGUAUCCUGGGCCACACUGCUAACGCUCCUGGUGCGAGACCUGGCCGAGAUGGGGAGCCCAGAUGCCGCGGCGGCCGUGCGCAAGGACAGGCUGCACCCGAGGCAAGCGAGAUUAUUAGAGACCCUGAGCGAAUACGACAUCGCGUCUCCCGUCCGAGUGAACGCUCUUGGAGAACCCUUUCCCAGGAACGUACACUUCAAAAGAAGGCGACGAAGCAUUAACUCUGCCUCUGACCCCUGGCCUGGCUUCGCCUCCUCCUCUUCCUCCGCUACCUCCUCCCAGGAGCAUUACCGCCUCUCCGCCUUUGGCCAGCAAUUUCUAUUUAAUCUCACCGCCCAUGCUGGAUUUAUCGCUCCAAUGUUCACUGUCACCCUCCUUGGGGCACCCGGGGUGAACCAGAGUAAGUUUUAUUCCGAGGAGGAAGCGGAACUCAAGCACUGUUUCUACAAAGGCCAUGUCAAUACCAAGUCAGAGCACAGGGCCGUCAUCAGCCUCUGCUCGGGAAUGCUGGGCACAUUUCGGUCCCAUGAUGGGGAUUAUUUUAUUGAACCACUACUGUCCAUUGAUGAACAAGAAGAUGAAGAGGCGCAGAACAAACCCCACAUUAUCUACAGACACAGCAGCCCCCACAGAGAGCCGGCAGCAGGACGGCAUGCAUGCGACACCUCAGAACAUAGAAAUAGUCACAGUAAGGACAAGAGGAAAACGAGGACAAGAAAAUGGAGAGGGAGGAGUAGCCUGGCUGAUGACAUGGCUGUGUUAAGUAGCAGCUUAACCACAAGCACGCUUCCUGCCAAUGGUAGCAAAACAGACAGCACAAGGGAGAAGGGGACCCACAGAAGAACAAAACGUUUUUUAUCCUAUCCACGGUUUGUAGAAGUGAUGGUGGUAGCAGACAACAGAAUGGUUUUAUACCAUGGAUCAAACCUUCAACAUUAUAUUUUAACUUUAAUGUCAAUUGUAGCCUCUAUCUAUAAAGACCCAAGUAUUGGAAAUUUAAUUAACAUUGUUAUUGUGAAUUUAGUUGUGAUUCAUAAUGAACAGGAAGGACCUUCCAUAUCUUUUAAUGCUCAGACAACAUUAAAAAACUUUUGCCAGUGGCAGCAUUCAAAGAACCAUCCAGGUGGAAUCCAGCAUGAUACAGCGGUUCUUGUAACGAGACAGGAUAUCUGCAGAGCUCAUGACAAAUGUGAUACAUUAGGUCUGGCUGAACUGGGAACCAUUUGUGAUCCAUACAGAAGCUGCUCUAUCAGUGAAGAUAGCGGAUUGAGUACAGCUUUUACAAUAGCCCAUGAACUGGGCCAUGUGUUCAACAUGCCUCAUGAUGACAAUAAUAAGUGCAAAGAAGAAGGAAUCAAGAGCCCCCAGCACGUCAUGGCCCCAACAUUGAACUUCAACACCAACCCCUGGAUGUGGUCAAAGUGCAGUCGAAAAUAUAUCACUGAAUUUUUAGACACUGGUUACGGCGAAUGUUUGCUUAACGAACCUGAAUAUAGACCCUAUCCUUUGCCUCAUCAACUGCCAGGCCUCCUCUACAACGUGAAUAAACAAUGUGAAUUGAUUUUUGGACCAGGUUCUCAGGUGUGCCCAUAUAUGAUGCAGUGCAGACGGCUCUGGUGCAAUAAUGUGGAUGGGGCGCACAAAGGCUGCCGGACUCAGCACACACCCUGGGCUGACGGAACCGAGUGUGAAGAGCCUGGAAAGCACUGCAAGUUUGGAUUUUGUGUUCCCAAAGAAAUGGAGGUCCCUGUGACUGAUGGAUCCUGGGGAAGUUGGAGUCACUUUGGAACCUGCUCAAGAACAUGUGGAGGGGGCAUCAAAACAGCCAUUCGAGAGUGCAACAGACCAGAGCCCAAAAAUGGUGGCAAGUAUUGUGUAGGGCGCAGAAUGAAAUUUAAGUCCUGCAACACAGAGCCGUGUCCCAAGCAGAAGCGAGACUUCCGAGACGAACAGUGUGCUCACUUUGACGGAAAGCAUUUCAACAUCAACGGUCUACAUCCGAAUGUGCGCUGGGUCCCAAAGUACAGUGGAAUUUUGAUGAAGGACCGCUGCAAGCUGUUCUGCAGGGUGGCAGGGAGCACAGCCUACUAUCAGCUCCGUGACAGAGUGAUAGAUGGAACACCGUGUGGCCAGGACACCAAUGACAUCUGUGUCCAAGGCCUGUGCCGGCAAGCUGGAUGCGAUCAUGUUUUAAACUCAAAAGCCCGGAGAGAUAAAUGUGGGGUUUGUGGUGGCGAUAAUUCUUCAUGCAAAACAGUGGCAGGAACAUUUAACACAGUACAUUAUGGUUACAACGUUGUGGUACUAAUUCCAGCUGGUGCUACCAAUAUCGAUGUGCGGCAGCACAGUUUCUCAGGGAAAUCAGAGGAUGAUAACUACUUAGCUUUAUCAAGCAGUAAAGGUGAAUUCUUGCUCAAUGGAGACUUUGUCGUCACGAUGUCCAAAAGGGAAAUCCGUAUUGGGAAUGCUGUGAUAGAAUACAGCGGGUCCGACAAUGUUGUGGAAAGAAUCAACUCCACAGGUCGCAUUGAACAAGAACUUCUGCUUCAGGUGUUGUCGGUGGGAAAGUUAUACAACCCCGAUGUGCGCUAUUCUUUCAAUAUUCCUAUUGAAGACAAACCCCAACAGUUUUACUGGAACAGUCAUGGACCCUGGCAAGCAUGCAGCAAACCAUGCCAAGGCGAGCGGAAACGAAAACCUGUUUGCACCAGGGAAUCUGAUCAGCUUACGGUUUCUGAUCAAAGAUGUGAUCGACUGCCUCAGCCGGCACCCAUUACUGAACCUUGUGGCACAGACUGUGACCUGAGGUGGCACGUGGCCAGCAGGGGUGAAUGUAGUGCCCAGUGUGGUUUAGGUUACCGCACAUUAGACAUCUACUGUGCCAAGUACAGCAGGCUCGAUGGGAAGACUGAGAAGGUUGAUGACGGCUUUUGUAGUAGUCACCCCAAACCAAGCAACCAGGAAAAAUGCUCAGGAGAGUGUAACACUGGAGGCUGGCGCUAUUCAGCUUGGACUGAAUGUUCUAAAAGCUGUGAUGGUGGAACCCAGAGGAGAAGGGCUAUUUGUGUCAACACCCGUAAUGAUGUACUGGAUGACAGCAAAUGCACUCAUCAAGAGAAAGUCACCAUUCAGAAGUGCAGUGAGUUAUCCUGUCCAGAGUGGAAAUCAGGAGACUGGUCAGAGUGCUUGGUCACCUGCGGAAAAGGGCAUAAGCACCGCCAGGUCUGGUGUCAGUUUGGCGAAGAUCGAUUAAAUGAUAGGAUCUGUGACCCUGAGACCAAACCGACCUCCAUGCAGACCUGUCAGCAGCCAGAAUGUGCGUCCUGGCAGGCGGGUCCCUGGGGACAGUGCAGUGUCACUUGUGGACAGGGAUACCAGCUAAGAGCAGUGAAGUGCACCAUUGGGACUUACAUGUCAGUGGUGGAUGACAGUGACUGCAACGCAGCGACUAGACCAACUGACACCCAGGACUGUGAGUUGCCAUCUUGUCACCCUCCCCCAGCUGCCCCGGAAGCAAGGAGAAGCACACACAGUGCACCACGGACCCAGUGGCGAUUUGGGUCCUGGACUCCAUGCUCAGCCACUUGUGGAAAAGGUACCCGGAUGAGAUAUGUCAGCUGUCGGGAUGAGGACGGUUCUGUGGCUGAUGACAGUGCCUGUGCGACCCUGCCUAGACCAGUGGCAAAGGAGGAAUGUUCUGUGACUCCCUGCGGGCAAUGGAAGGCCCUGGACUGGAACCCUUGCUCCGUGACAUGUGGGCAAGGUAGGACGACCCGGCAAGUGGUCUGUGUCAACUACAGUGACCACGUGAUCGAUCAAAGUGAGUGCGACCCAGAUUAUGUCCCAGAAACUGACCAGGACUGUUCCAUGUCACCAUGCCCUCAGUGGACCCCAGACACAGACCUUUCUCAGAACCCUUUCCUGAAUGAGGACUAUCACCCCAGGAGCAUCAGCCCUAGCCGCACCCACGUGCUCGGAGGAAAUCAGUGGAGGACAGGCCCCUGGGGAGCGUGUUCCAGUACCUGUGCUGGUGGGUCCCAGCGGCGUGUCGUUGUGUGUCAGGACGAGAAUGGAUACACUGCCAACGACUGCGUGGAGAGAAUCAAACCUGAUGAGCACAGAGCCUGCGAAUCUGGCCCUUGCCCUCAGUGGGCUUAUGGCAGCUGGGGAGAGUGUACCAAGCUGUGUGGUGGAGGCUUGAGAACAAGGCUGGUGGUCUGUCAGAGGCCCAGCGGGGAACGGUUUCCGGAUCUGAGCUGUGAAAUUCUUGACAAGCCUCCAGAUCGAGAGCAAUGUAACACACAUGCUUGUCCUCAAGAUGCUGCCUGGAGUGCUGGCCCUUGGAGUUCGUGUUCUGUCUCUUGUGGUCGAGGGCAUAAACAACGAAAUGUUUACUGCAUGGCAAAAGAUGGAAGCCAUUUAGAAAGUGAUUACUGUAAACACCUUGCUAAGCCAAAUGGGCACAGAAAGUGCCGAGGAGGAAGAUGCCCCAAGUGGAAGGCUGGCGCCUGGAGUCAGUGCUCCGUGUCCUGUGGCCAAGGCGUGCGGCGGAGAAAUGUGGGCUGUCAGAUGGGAACGCACAAAAUAGCCAGAGAGACCGAAUGCAACCCCUACACUCGACCGGAGUCGGAGCGCGCCUGCCAAGCCCCGCCGUGUCCGCUCUACGCGUGGAGGGCAGAGGAAUGGCAAGAAUGCACCAAGAGUUGUGGUGAAGGCUCCAGGUACCGGAAGGUGGUAUGUGUGGAUGAGGACAAAGGUGGUGAGGUUCACGGCAUGCACUGCGACAUGAGCACACGGCCUGUGGACCGCGAGAGCUGUAGUCUGCAGCCCUGCGAGUAUGUCUGGAUCACAGGAGAAUGGUCAGAGUGCUCAGUGACCUGUGGAAAGGGCUACAAACAAAGGCUGGUCUCCUGUAGUGAGAUUUACACCGGGAAGGAGAACUACGAGUACAGCUACCAAACCACCAUCAACUGCCCAGGCAUGCAGCCGCCCAGUGUCCAGCCCUGCUUCCUGCGAGAGUGCCCUGUGUCGGCCACCUGGAGAGUGGGCAACUGGGGGAGCUGCUCUGUGUCGUGUGGCGUGGGAGUGAUGCACAGGUCUGUGCAGUGUCUCACCAAUGACGACCAGCCCAGCCACUUAUGCUCUGCUGACCUGAAGCCAGAAGAAAGAAAAACCUGCCACAAUAUCUAUAACUGUGAGCUGCCGCAGAACUGUAAGGAAGUGAAAAGGCUGAAAGGUGCCGGCGAAGAUGGGGAAUACUUCCUGAUUGUCACAGGAAAGCUCCUGAAGGUCUUCUGUGCAGGGAUGCACUCUGACCACCCCAAGGAGUAUGUGACACUGGUCCAUGGCGACUCUGAGAAUUUCUCUGAGGUUUACGGGCACAGGUUGCACAACCCAACCGAAUGCCCCUACAACGGUAGCCGACGUGAUGACUGUCAAUGUCGGAAGGACUACACAGCGGCUGGGUUCUCCAGCUUCCAGAAGGUCAGAAUAGAUCUGACCACCAUGCAGAUCAUCACCACUGACUUACAAUUUGCCAGGACCAAUGAAGGACAUCCCGUCCCCUUUGCCACUGCUGGGGACUGCUACAGUGCCGCCAAGUGCCCACAGGGUCGUUUUAGCAUCAACCUUUACGGAACCGGUUUGUCUCUAACUGAAUCUGCCAGAUGGAUCUCCCAAGGGAAUUACGCCGUCUCUGACAUCAAGAAGUCUCCGGAUGGUAUCCGGGUCGUCGGGAAAUGUGGUGGUUACUGUGGAAAAUGUGCUCCGUCCUCUGGCACUGGCCUGGAGAUUCGAGUUUUAUAG